UAAAGUCAAAACAUAACCUCACACGAUUACAUAAACAUUGUUUUUCUUCCCUUUCCCAAAAUAGUGCAAAAUUCUCUAAAAGACGCAAUUUGUGAGAUCAGCAGCCUCAGGCUAAAGCUGAAAAAUGCUACGACGUGCACUAACUUCCGGACAGCUCCGGACAAUUCUGUCUCCGGGAACAUUUGGAGCACCAGCCACUAGGGCAAUGGCAACGUUGCCGGUUGUGGAUGACUCCAAGCCGCCUCCACCGAAGAAGUACUCCCCCUUUGGCACUAAGCAAUCAAGUGUGGGGGAAUGGGCAGUGGCACGUUUGGAUGAUUUGCUGAAUUGGGGCAGGAAGGGUUCAAUCUGGCCACUUACCUUCGGUCUGGCAUGCUGUGCCGUGGAGAUGAUGCACAUUGCUGCACCGAGGUACGAUAUGGAUCGCUACGGUGUUGUCUUCCGGGCUUCCCCGCGGCAGGCUGAUGUGAUAAUCGUGGCGGGAACACUGACGAAUAAGAUGGCCCCAGCUCUGCGGAAGGUGUACGAUCAGAUGCCCGAACCCCGGUGGGUCAUCUCAAUGGGCAGCUGUGCUAAUGGUGGUGGGUACUACCACUACUCCUACUCCGUUGUCAGAGGUUGCGAUAGAAUCAUCCCCGUAGACAUCUACGUCCCAGGAUGCCCUCCAACAGCAGAGGCCCUUCUCUAUGGCAUUCUGCAGCUGCAGAAGAAGGUCAAGCGCAUGAAGACUCUGCAGAUGUGGUACAGGAAGUAAAUGAUGCUGGUGCAGAGGUAGGAUCAUUUUGACUUUGUUUAAACAGAAUUCAGUGUAAUAAAUUGAUUAAUUUAAAAAAAAUA